GUCAAUUUUAAUUUUGGUUGAAGGUUUUAUUGAAAUAAUUAGUGCAUUGGAAGAACUUAUGUCAAUAGAACAUGAUAAAGCAGUUUUUCCAUUACAUAAAUCUAUGUGUAAUUUUAAUUUUAUUAUAACUAUCUGUAUUUUGGAAAAGGUCCUUGGAAUAACUUAUUUUAUUUCAAAAUAUCUUCAAACAGAAAAUAUUGAUUUAUCCAUUGCAAUAGAAUCUGUAGAAUAAAAUUGACAAUUCAAAAAUUACAAGAUUUACGGACGGAAGAAACUUUUUUUUCUAUAUUUCAUCGUGCUUGUGAAAUCGCAAAAGAAGUUGGUACAUCACCAACCAUACCAAGAGUAGUCGGGACUCAAAAACAUCGAGAAAAUUAUGCCAUACUCAAUAAUGACCAUGUCUCUUACUACAGACAAUCAUUAUAUUAUCCAUAUUUAGAUGAUAUUUUAGCAUCAUUUAAUGAACGUUUUAAAAUGAACUCUAAUAUUUUUAUUUCUUUAUCUUCUUUAUUACCAAGCAAAAUUGGUAAUUUAUCAUUUAGUGAUAUACAGCCAGCUAUUGAUUUUUAUGAAGAAGAUUUAAGAUCUAAUAACCAAAACAUUCACAUGGACUUAUUAAAAAAUGAAUUUGAAUUUUGGAAGCAAAAAUGGUCUAAUGAAGAAAAUAAUUUACCAAAAAAUGCAUUAGACACAUUAUCAAAAUGCCCCGAAGAUUUAUUCCCACAUAUAAAUAUUUUAUUAAAACUUCUUGCUAUUUGGCCUGUAUCAACGGCAUCGGUUGAAAGAAGUUUUUCUUCUUUAAAAAGAAUCAAGACCUAUUUAAGAAACUCUACCGGUGAGGCAAGAUUAAACGGAUUAGCUCUUAUGAAUAUCCACAGAGACAUACAAAUUGACACAGAUGCUAUUUUAAAUAUGUUUGCGUCUAAAAAGGAAAGGCGUUUAGAUUUUAAAUUGUGACAAUUUAAUAAUGAAUGCAUAAUACAUUAAAAACUAUGUGUAUAUAUUAUAUGUUUUAAAUUAUUUCCUAUUUUCCUAUAAAGUUAAGUAUGUUUAAGCCCCCCCC